GACAGCUGGAGGAAAGCGGGGUUAGGCAGCAAUGCGUCAAAAUUUUAUUCUCUAAAUAUGGAGCAACAUCUGCGGUCUCCAGAACAAACCCCUUAUUUUGGCUCACCCAUCCGUGUUCAAGGUCUGCCAGCUUCGAUUACAUUUUCGCUUCUUCCAUUACGCUUCCCAAUGAAAAAGAAAAAGAGCAGGCCUUUGUCCUCCUCUAAGUUGGAGUAUAGAGAGUCUUGCCCUGAGGAAUCCAACCCUCCAUCCCUGGAGGCACAAACUACGGAGGACCAAGAGACCAUUCUCGGGCUCAUUGCGAGCUUGCAUCUCAAUUCUGACUACAGCGAUUUGGCCAUUAUUUGCAAGGACAAGAUUCUCUCGGCCCAUAGGCUUGUUGUUUGCCCUAGAUCAAAAUACUUUCAAAAUGCUUGUUACGGCGGGUUCAAGGAAGCCGAACAUCCGAUUUGUCUGAACGAAAAAGAUCCGGUCCUUAUUGAAAAAGUGCUGGAAUUCCUAUAUACAGGAAAUUACAGCGCUCCCCGGCCUACACAUACCUUGGAUAUUACACAGGCCGAUCCUGGAUACGUACCUGAGAUGGAUAGGCCGCCCGCAGAGGAACUAUCGCCGGGGCCCCAACCAGAAAAUGAUGUCAUUGAUGAAGUUGAGGUCCUUUCAGACGAGCACUUGAAUGGAACAGUUAUGAGAAGCCCAGGGAACGCGCCAGAGACACUUGCGCAUGGCCCACGGACGAAUGGGAACUCAGCUCCAAUUGAUAAAGUCCCACCAAAAUAUGGAAUCGAGGAAGGGGAUAAUGGGGACAUUACAGACCCUCCGGUCGAUUCGUUACUUGACUGUCAUCCAUGUUACUUCCACGUGCGCAUGUAUGGUGAAGCAGACUACUUUAUGAUCGACGACCUGAAAAGCAAAGCAGAGGUACAUUUCUGCGCAUCAUUCAUGAGUUCCCCUGAAAGGGAGUCCUUUGCAGAGACCAUCGAGGAAUUGUAUUCGACACGAGCCAAUUACCACGAGCUGAGGCAAGUGGCGAUCGAAAUGAUAGUUGGUAAUCUGCCGAAUCUGCGAAACGGACACACGUCGAUAAUUACUUCAGAACUGAUGAAGUCAAUUCCCGAUUUCACAUACGAUUUGUUUCAAGCCACCCUAGAUAAGUAUGUGCGAGAGCCGUCCGAAAUAGAACGAAAUGAUUCUCAAGUGAAGUUUGAUUACUGGAGUCCCUCAAACAAGUACUAGUUUGCCUUUUGGGUUUUGUGAUAUACUGUGUUAUAUAUUUUUCCUAUCCCAAAUCGACAAGAUAAUCAGGUUUCAUGUCAAUAAAUCCACAUUGUUUCACCUGGACUUUCACA